AUGAAGUUCCUCCUGCUCUACCUUGUGGCUUCCAUGGUAUUCUAUUCAGAUGGACAACAAUGGGUAGGGUUCUUUCAAUACCUGGAUGGAGAAGUUCAAGGAGUAGAACAAGCCCUGGUCGAAUCCGAAACUAAUAUAACUCAGUGCAAUGCUUGCUACAAUAUCAAAGGUAUAAAGGGCUUAAAAGGAGAUAAUGGAAUCAGUGGAGUAGCAGGCCCGAAUGGAACCACGGGGCUCAAAGGCGCUGUAGGACCGAAAGGAUCGAAGGGUAAUACAGGAGCCACAGGUCCCUCGGGCCCACCUGGUGCGCCAGGACCCAAGGGACCUAAGGGUGUCGAAGGACCCAAGGGUAAUCCUGGGAAUGCCGGAGAUACAGGCGAUGCUAAUGCAGUGAAGGGACAAAAGGGUGAUCCAGGCCCCACUGGAAUCGCUGGAAUCAGUAUCCCCGGAUCCACGGGGGAUAAGGGAGAAAAGGGGGGUGUGGGGGUAAAGGGCACUAAAGGGAACGUAACAAUAGGUGCUGCUGGGUCCAGCGGAGAUCAAGGCCCUAAAGGAGAUCCAGGAGAAAAGGGGGAACAAGGAGUCCAGGGAAAUAACGCCACCAAUUCUAACCCCCAACAGCAGCAGCAGCAAAACGGGGCCGGGUCUUUCCUGAUCAGCAUGUCCACCGCCAUAGGAGUGUAUUUCCUGGCAGUCUGUUUCAUCUCUUCAAUGAAUUGGAAUAUUGAAUUAUUUUAA